GAUGGCAUUUUUGCAGAGGCAACAUGAUUCACAUAUAUGAAACAACGAGUUCUGGCGGCGACGGCUCCGCUUGUUCGUCGGUGAACAAGCAAAUUAGGUGUGAACGUUAAAUUUUCAGACUCAAAUGUCAGAUGUGCUCCGGUAUCUAGGUACAUUAGGUUGAUGAAGAACCCAGAUGACGCGAUGGUGCCCUUUUCGUGCCUUUUGACGCGCUCAAGUCCAUGUGAUAGAGGGUGCGAGUUAAUGAGGAAAUUAAUACGCCAACUCGCAUAUAGAUGUGGUGCCGCCAUCGAAGGUGUAAAAACCCGAAACAUUCAUCGAAAAGCAGCUUAAAUCGCUGCCGAGCCCACAAUUGCUCCCAAACCUCGUUGAUGUAGCAAUCAAGAUGUCGACCUUCAGAGCCUCCGUACUUGGCUUUUCGUCAGACAGUGGUGUCGCCAAAUCGACUUUGGUGGCCGAAUGCUCGAAAGUACGGCAGGUCGAGGAUUUGUUCGACCCGAAUAAGGAAUGGCCCAUCUUGAGACAAGGAGAGUCGGACUUGCGCAUGUUCAGUCGGCGGGUGUAUCUGAUCGAGUCGUCGUUUACGCGAUGGUCGCAUCCCACGGCGCGGGAUGAUUCAUUCAGACUUGAAAGACUGCUUAAGGAGGCUUUAGGGGUCCCUGAAGAUUUCUUCCGAGUACACUCCCGCGAACACACCAACUUCAACUCUACUGAGGUGAUUAGGUGCCCCCGUCUCCCUACCGCUCAGAGCCUCGAUAGAAGAUUCUCUCUGGAGCAUUUUGAGCUGUGGACUUAUUUGGGCGCUCCGGAGAAGCUACGGGGGCAUUGCUUGAAAACCAACAAACAUUUGAACCCGGGAGAUGUUGGGUACACGAUGACUUGCAAGUCUACAAAGCGCCAGAUUCAGUGUCAUAAGUGGAAGUCGAGAGGGGGGUGGUUGUUGGUAGCUCCACGCAAGUGUUCGUUUUGGUCUCGGACAACGCGAAAUGGAUGGGAUGUGGUCAUUCUUUGCGAUCCUGCCCCGAACCGACUCCAAAUUUCUGGCGCACCGCGUGUGGUGGAUGUGAGGCCCUUUCACGGAGGACCGCACGGCUUUAUCCCCGAAGAAUUUCUUGGUCCACACCCUAUUCAUUCAGUUCACGUCAAUAUUGACACUUCUCAAGUGGAUUUGGCCGAUCCGAGACUGUUUUACUCUAAUGGCCGUAGGCGGUUCCUCGGAUCACCAGCACCGUCCCACUCCACCAUAUCUCCUGAUACUGACAUGUCCCACCCGCCUUCACGAGAUGAGCGUGAGGACCGAAUCGCCAACACGACGCAAACUUCCCGGACCAUGGUUUCGACAUCUAUCUCAGGCUCUGAAGCCUCAUCCAGGCAUCGAAUACACAUAAGGCCGUCAUCCGAGCCCUUCGUUCCACGGCCUGAAAUAGAACGUCCUCCCCACAAGUCAUUAUUCGAUGAUCUCACUUAUUACUACCGUAACCAUGCGCACCUCCUUGGCGCUAUCGAAGAUCCUUUCUCUACAUCCCUGUUCCUCAGAAAGCUCGUCGCCAGUCACUACUCCCAACUUGUCGGUUUCGUUGCCCAUCAAGCCGCUACCAUGCGGUCAUCAGGCAGCAUGGUGCCUGGCAAACAUGGCCAAGCAAUCAAUGAAAUGCAAGCUGCCAUCGAAAGCAAUUGGGAUAAGUUCCGCUGCGCCGAGUAUAUCGAGGCAAUGGAUACUGUCAUGGAUCAAUUGGGGAUCCCAAUCUACGGUGAUCAACAUCAGCAAUCCACCAACGCACCAUUAUCUCUCCAUCCUCCCCAUGCCGAUGUAUCCCAUACUCCUACCAAUACUUUUUACCUUCAACCCACGCCCUCCCCACCCUCUGAAUCAGAAAACUGGCGCUCGUCUACACCAGACUUCCUUUACCUCCAUCGUGAAUUGCGCCUGCGCUUAGCCGACCAUGACCGCAUCACUGUCGCUGCCGCGGUGCUAACCUCCGCCAUCGGAAAUCGGCAGCGCCAGAAAUCCACCAAAUGGUUGAAGCUUCUUACUCUUGUAGUGGUGUUUUUCCUGCCAUUUGCGGCGGUGGCGGCUAUUUUUGGGGUUGGAGAACAGUUUGCGCCUGGCGGACAAGGGGGUAGAUUUUGGGAGUACUGGGCUGUAGCGGUGCCCGUCGUUCUGAUUGUUGGGUUGCUAGGAAUCGUUGGAUGGCGAUUGAGGGAGCUGACAAGGGGCAUGCGGAGGGUUGGAUCAUGCUUAAAUGGGGGCUGGCUGGAAGAGGGUGAGCAGCUUUGAAGAAUAUAUACACUUGGUGUGUGAUUGCUGCUCGAUUUUGAAAAAGAUCGGUUCCGAUGGAGACUAUAUACGUAUG